AUGCUCGCGCGCGCGUCGUGUAAGGGCGCGCCGACGACCGGUCGCGCGCGUCGCGUCGAUGCGCGGUCGGUGCGCGCGGUGACGCCGUCGCGGGCGCGCGGGAUCGUCACCAGGGCUGGAAGCGAUGAUUUCACGCCGGAAAAGAUUAUGCAAAAGUACGACGAGAUCACGUAUAAGAUCCCCGCGGUCGCGACCGCGGCGUCGGUGCCCGUGGUUGGGCUCUCGCUCGUGUGCAAGACGCUCACGGGACACGGUCUGCCGGGGACGCUGCUCGGGAGCGUCGAGGGGAUCUCUUGGCUCGUGCUCGCGCUCGGCGCGAAGUCGUUCUGGCCAAAGGCGCAGGACAUCGCGCGCUUGGGCGAGAAGUCGCCGGAGAACGUGAUGAAGAUCUUGCAAGCCGAAGGACGGGUGUACGGAGGGUUCGGAGAGGAUUCUCGUGGGAAGAACGCGACGGAGCGCCUGAGCGCCAUCUCGAAAGAGGUCGAUCCAAACUCUCCGCUCGGGCAGCAGAUGGCCGACAUCGCGCGCCAAAAGGCUGAGCGCGAGAAGGAAACGCCGGAAGAAAAGGCUGCGCGCGAACGCCUGAGGGCUGAGCUCGCCGCGGCGGCGCUCGGCAUGGCGAACAACAAGACGAAGGAGUUUGAAGCUGAAGCCGACACAAAGGGCAAGGAUGGUCUCCUGUCCAAGCCGGUGACGGAGACACUCAAGGACAGCAUGACGGUCGAAAACUACGACGUCGACGUGACCAAGUAUGACGACAAGGCGCUCGGCAGCAAGCUUAACUUGUCCUCGACCAACGUCGAGAUGGGCGUGCCGAAGAAUAACAAGGGCGACGCGUGGCGCGAGCAAUACCGCACGGAAGAAAACGAGGCGGGCAAGGCAGACUGA